UAUGUUUGUGCAGUUCCUCAUCAUUUGUGUUCCUCAUGACAUUUGUUUGUGUUUGUGGUGUAUGUGUAAUGGAAGCAACAAAUGCCAAUUUAAGAAAUUAACAAAAAAAGAAAAGAAUUGAAGACACACAAAAAAAGGGAAGUCAGUCAGUCAAUCGUCAUUUUAUUUAUACAUAUUCAGUACAACAAAAAUUAAAGUAGAAUAAAACAAAAGAAACAGCACAGAUAACUAAGGAACAAACAAAGAUUUUGCUUUGUGUUUUAUAAUAAUAUAAACUGUUUGCUGUUCCUAUAACUUAAUAUGGACAACAAUGAUGCACAAAGCAUUAAUACGACAACAGCAGCGGCAGACGAUAGUGACAAUGAUGAAGUAACGGAUUUCUUAAACUCCAACUCUUCCCCAAAUGCUAUUACACCUUUAAUUGCUGCUACUUUAAAUACUACCACUACAACUUCCAUAUCUACUACUGCAACAACUACUAUUGCAACUGCUAACCUAGAUACUACAACAUUUCAGAAUCUUGUGGAUAGUUCUAAAACAAAUCUAAAUAAUAUAACACGUUGCAAUACGGUGGAAAGUCAAAAUUAUUGUAUACCUGUUAUCAAUACACCACCCAACAACAAUCAACAUUCCUCUCGACAUUCCGGCAUCUUGUCAUCUUCUUCGAACAAUAAUAAUAACAACAACAAUACUUCCAACUCUCAUAUUCAGCUGGCAGCAGCAAAAAACGACAAUAACAUGAUUCCCAUCAUAAAUGUUACACCUCAUAGUCCUGCCAAUGUCUCGAAAUACAAUAACAUUUUCGAGGACACUCUCAGUCAAUUGCAGAAUAUACGCGAAAGUGUGGUGCAAAUGAAAAAUUCCUCAUCUCACAUGAACGAUGGUUUGUCUAAUUAUGGUCUUGUAAAUGCCGCCAUUUUAAGUGCAUCUUUGCCCGAUCUUUCGGCCACUGGUAAUGGUGUGGUGGGUUCGUCCGGUUCUGGUCCUUAUGGACCACUGGCUGCCCACUUUGUUAUGUGGUCACCGCAGCAGCAACAACAGUAUUUAUUAAAUGCUGAUCGACGUAAAUCAUGGACUGGCAUUGAUGAUCUAACAGCUGGUGGAGAUUGUACGAAUAAAAGUGUUAGUCUGUCGAGCUUGGAUAGUGAGGAACAGGAAACGAUAAGGGUUACAGAGCAGAGAAGACGUUCGGCUAGGAAUAGCACGGGUGGUAUUUCAACGCACUCUUUGAAUGAAGCAGAACUUGCAAGAGAUUUUGAACGUAUUGCAGCUAAAAGAAGUUUGGCCACCGAGAUAAUUAGUCGCAUACCUUUACAAAAAAGUAUUUCCACGUCUUCUAUUGUAGCCAAGGAAGAUAUUAAGGCUAUUGCCAGACAUCUAACAGACAGCGAAGAUGAAAAUCAAAGUCUACUGAGAGCACAUGCUAAAAUAGAAGUGUACGAUAACGUAGAGAAGAGACGUAAACGUGGUUCUUUGUUUUUCCGCAAGAAAAAAGAUAAAACAAAAAUGAAAUCAAUUGGUGGUCAAGUGGCCAACUGUGAUGUUUGUGGUGUCAGUCUGUCGUUGGGUACGCUCAAGGACCAUCAGCUGGAGUGUAAAGGAGGCAGCAGUGGUGGUAAGAAGGGCAGUACAGCUGGUAUUGUGGGAGGUUUAACUAAAAAAUCCGAUAAAGGCGAAAUGACUCAAGACUUUUAUGAUGGUCCCGAACAAAAUUCCAACUACAAUGAUGAUAAUACACCUUUAAUAAGGUCAGAAUUUCUGAAUGAUGCUCCCAUAGAAGCUCACGACUUAAAGGCCGAUCCUGCUUUGGGUAUAUGCUUGAAAGAGCAUGAUUCUUGGUCUCCCGGCAUACCAAAGGAUAUAUUGAAGACACUUAAGGACACCCAAAUCAAACGACAAGAACAUAUUUAUGAAUUCAUAAUGACUGAAAAGCAUCACUGUCAAACGUUGUUGGUCAUGCAGAAGGUGUUUGUGGAAAGUAUGGAACGUUAUUUCCCAGCCCUAAAUUGCAAUAAAAUGUUUCCUAGACUGCAAGAGCUAACGGAAUUGCAUUGUGGUUUCCUUAAAAAGUUAAGGCUAAAGCAAAAAGAACACUUUGUGGUGGAUUCAAUAGCCGACAUCUUAUUGGAGUUUUUCUCCUUGGAGAAGGCCCAACAUUUGCGCCUGGCUUAUGGGGAGUUCUGUGCUAAUCAUCGUUCGGCUUUGGAACAAUUUAAAGCAUGCAUGACCAGCCGGGAUCCCACGUUCUCCGAGUGGUAUAAGCACUGUCUGACCAAUGCUUUGCUAAAAAAGAAGGGCAUACCAGAGUGUAUAUUGUUUGUAACGCAACGUUUAACAAAGUAUCCUCUGCUAAUAGAGCCGCUGCUGAAAAGUGCCCGAGAAGAUAAGUUAGAAUGUGAUAAACUGCAGCAUGCCUUGGCUUUGGUUAAGGAGCUUUUGGUGGAUGUGGAUGCCUGUGUGGCCGAAAAGGAGCUCAGAGAACGCCAGAUUGAUAUCUACAAUCGUAUAGAUAAUAAAUCAUUUGCUAUUUACAAAAACAAACCAUUCCGUAAAUCAGAUGUGGGAGUGGAAUCGAAAAGAAGACUUAAGUUUGAGGGCUUGGCCACCUUAAUGCAGGGAAGAUCUAAAAUGCAAUUGGUUUUAGUGGUGGUGUUGACCGAUUGUUUGUGUUUCCUAAAUGAAAAUUCAGCCCACAACAAGUACAUGUUUUUCACGCCCGAACAUAAGGCCGGAGUAGUGCCUCUGCAAAAACUUUUGAUUAGAGAAAAAGCAGGCACCGAAUCCAGAGGCAUUUAUAUAAUUUCAUCGAAUCCCUUAUUUCCAGAAAUGUACGAACUAAAAGUACAAACGCCUAAAGAUAAGAAUGUCUGGAUACAAUCCAUCAGGCAAGCUGUACUCGACUGUCCCUCAUCCGAUGUCAUUGAAUCGGAGGAUUUGACGCAUGAGGAGAAACUACGUAUAGGGGUUAAUAAACGGGAGAUAAUAGAGAAAAUAAGACAAAAGGAUAUAGAACAGGCUAUUUUACUGGAAGAAAAGAUUCUUUUGCAAUUGAAUCUUAUACAAAAAGAUCAAAAACUCUUCCCGGAACAACAACAGCAACAAGAUCAACAACAGCUGCAACAAAUAUCUAAUGCCAGCAACAUGAGUGCUGCUCAAUUUCUAACAACCUUUGGCUCUUAUAAAGACCUGUCAGUAGGAGCCGAUUGUGAUACAGCCGAAUUGUGGAAGAAGGUGUUAAAUACCGUUCAAGAUAUAACACAAUUAGCAUCUACCGUUUAUACGGCAGCCACAGGGCAACCGGUCUCUAGAUCGGUUAGUUCGGUGGGUGAAAAGCACAGUGAUACAUACAAUUCUCCCACCCUGCCAAAGCGGGCCGAAACGUUUGCCGGUUUUGAUGAGAAACGAGCAAAAAACAACUUUCCCUGCAGAGCCGAUAAAAUGGGCACGUUACAAGUAUUAUCGCCACGUCUGCAGGAAUUGGAAGAAACUAAAAAAGAAACCAAAAACACUUCAAUAAUAUCCACACUACUGGCUACGGCCGGCGGGGAAACAGACUCUCAAAUAUGUGAUCAAAUAAUCGGUAUUUCAACGGCCAGCGGCGGCCUAGCUGUAACCAAAGAUAAUAAUUUAGCUUUACUACAAGUUACCCACAAUCUACACACCCUACUCUGUAUUAUUUCACAACAAAUGACCACCAUACAAUCCCUACAACUGCAAUUGGCGCUCUACCGCGAAAGUCCCCGCGCCUCAUACACACACAACGAUCAGUUGGAGGAAUUGAGAAAUUUACAAGAUAAACUGCAGGAAGAAAAGAUAGCUUGGAUGCGCCAGCGAGAGCAGCAAGAACAGGAAUUGAAUGAGAAGAAGGAGUCGCUCGAUAAAAUGCAGGAGCAGAUUAACACCCAGCAAGAAGAUAUCAAGCAGCAGCGAGAGCAGUUGUAUAGAAAAAUGGAAGUAUUAUCAAGCCAAGGACUACUUAUCUCGCCCAAUACACCACUUAAUAUUUCUACACAACUCUUGCAAACAACAGCAGCAAAUAAUGUCAAUGACGUGGACAAUGAUGUGCAUGACUCUAACAGUGCGUCAAAUAUGCAUGAUUUAGCAACAAUGACAAAUAGUUGCACACCUGCUACUAAUACAUCCGCAACACCCACGACAGCUAAUGUGGCCAGUACGGUGGAUAGGCGUAAGGAUAAAUGGCGCACGGCUUCGACAAUAUCAAAAACGCCGCCGGUUAAUCUACUAAGUGCAACUAAUGCCCCAAAAACCCAAGCAAAUGUGGUUAAACAAAAAAUACCCAUGAAACUGUCAUCACUCUCAUCAAGCUCAUCCAAUUCCUCAUCUUCAGCAGCGGCUAAUGCUAAUGCGGUUAAUAAAGUCGAUAAAUCCAAUAGUUUUACCACCAAUAACCAUUACAACUCUGCCUCUUCUGCGGGCAUAACUCAAAUGUUUCCCCUUAAAUUAGCCGACAAACGGGUAACAGCCAAUGUCAACUCUUCAACACCUUUAGCCCCACAACAUUCGCGAACUGGCAGCUCUCCGGCCAUUAUACAACAUCCCCAAAAUACGGCAAAUCUAACCUCACCACCAACUCCCUCGUCGGCGGGCGUUACACGCACCGACUCUUCGGCAACAUUUACUUAUGGCCAACGUUAUUCACUGGGAUCAGCAAAUGCCGCAGUAACAACUACGCCCACAUCCAGCCGCAUCAUUUCACAUACAGCAGCGGGUCAAACAAAAAUACCUCAUAUGUCAAAUGCAGCAUCAACAUCAUCAUUGUCAUCCUCUUCAAAUCCUGCAACUUCCUCGUCUACAACAACAUCAAAUCGUCCAAAUGUUCAAACUAAGCCCGAGGAGGAAGAAAUUUAUUUUUGACGUAAGUUUUCUAAAGAAGUUGAAAUAUAAAAUUUAUAAUAAUCUAUCAAUUUAUCAUAAUACUAAGAAGGGCUUAAUCGAUAUGUUUAAAUAAGUAAAUAUCAUAAUAUGAUACAUGCAUAUGAACAUGUAUUGAGUUGUAA